AUGAAGGAUCUGUUGGGUAGUCCUGGGACUGUGACUGGUUUGCUCUUAAGAAUUGGGCAGUGCGUUUUCGCAGCUGGAUCCAUCGGAGUUAUGGUUUCUGCUUUGGGAUUUUCUAACUUCACUGCUUAUUGGUAUGGAGUUUUAAGCUUUCUGUUUGUCGUUUUAAGCUAUCUCAUUGCAUCAAUGGGCCUUCAAGUGCUAUGGAGCUGUGGACUUGCGUGCCUCGACAUAUAUGCUUUACGGAUAAAAAGAGACCUCCAUAGUUCAGUCCUAGUCAGCUUGUUCGUGGUUGGUGAUUGGGUUACGGCCACACUAUCACUUGCUGCUGCAUGCUCUUCGGCAGGGAUUGCGAUUUUGUAUGCCAAAGACUUGAAAUUUUGUACAGGAGCGAAUCAUAUCCCGUGCCGAAGAUUUGAGCUCUCGAUAGCUCUUGCAUUCGUCACGUGGUUCCUCAUUGCCAUGUCUUCUCAUGUGAUGUUCUGGAUACUUGCAUCCGGUUAGCUCUUUUUUUUUUUUUUUUUU